CCCCCCCCCCCAACGCUGUGGCGUUUCCCCCCCAUGCGCAUGCGCUGCCCUCCCCGGACCGUUUCUGCCCCGGAACGCGCCUGCUCGCUCCCUUUUCCCGCCCGGCGCGCGCGGCGGCCAAGGGGAAAAUGGCGGCGCCCGUAAGUGAGGGGAUUCCCGCCUUGGCGCCCGGCGCUGCCCCCUACGGCAACUUCCCCAACUACUCCCGCUUCCACCCGCCCGAGGGGCGCGUCAGCCUCUUGCCUGCGGGGCUCUUGCGGCGCCUGUUCCCCGCCGCGGCCCGCCCGCUGCUGGGGCUCGACGUGGGGUGCAACUCGGGGGAGCUAAGUGUGGCUCUGUACAGGCACCUGCUUGGCCUUCAGGAGGGCGAAGGCAGCCUGGACCAGCCUGCAGCUGGAAAGGAUCUGAACCUUCUGUGCUGUGACAUCGAUCCUGUGUUGAUUGAGAGGGCUCAGCAGUGCAGUCCCUUUCCCGCCUCCAUAUCCUUUGCCAAGCUGGACAUCAUGGAUGCCAGCGCCAGGGAGCCGUUCCUGAGCUCCUACCUGAGCCGUUUCGGCCGCUCCACCUUUGACGUUGGCUUUUGCAUGUCUGUAACAAUGUGGAUCCACCUGAACCACGGGGAUAGCGGCCUGAUAGAGUUCUUGUCCUUCCUCUCCUCUCUGUGCAAGUACCUGCUGAUUGAACCCCAGCCCUGGAAGUGCUACAGAGCGGCUGCGCGCCGCCUGCGGAAGCUGGGCAGAAACGACUUUGAUCACUUUCGAUCUCUUGCUAUCAAUGGGGACAUGGCGGAGAGGAUAACGGAGAUCUUAACGAAGGACUGUGCCAUGGAACUGGUGUGUUGCUUUGGUAGCACCAGCUGGGACAGAAGCCUCUUGCUUUUUAAAUCAAAGGGAUCAAAUCAUGAGGGCAGGGAGCCCUCAGAACAGGAGCAGUGCUGUGAUUGACAGAAAUGACCUCGCGUAUUUGUGACUACUUAGGAAAAAAGGUGUGUGCUGGUUACAGAGUCAGAUCUAGGAAUUGCUAAAUGCCUGUCAGGAUCAUACCUUGACCUCCCAAGGGAAUGUGGGACAAGUCACGUCUGUGGUUUUUUUCCGUCCGCAAAAUACGGUGACAGUUCUAACCUGCCUUGUGGGUUCUGAGAUUUCUGUUCCUAGAAAGUGCACUUGAAACAAAAGUUGCCAGAGAUGUGCUUUCUAUGUGUGCUAAGAAUAUUCCCUGGAAGAAAAGAAAAUGUGCCUUUUUCAUCCCUAGAGGCUUUCAAGGAAAGGGAAGGAAAUUACAUUUCUAUUGGCCCAUGUGACACAUUGUUUUGCUUCUUGUCAUGUUGUCUCUAUACAAUAUUUCAAGAAAAUACAAAACUUGGCUUACAAGCCACGAGCAAAUAGUUUGGAUCAGUGCAGAGGUUGUCUGUUUGGUCAGUAUUUUGGUCAGGCUGUGAUCAGUACAUCUUUGCUUUUGUCAGGUAAGGCUUGCGUGGAGUAUGCAUUGAAGGCUGAUAAUGGUGUGAGCGUGUCGGGUUUUUUUUGUGGAGUGACUUUUUAUGGUAGGAUGUGUAUUUAAGUGUAUAAAAACAUGAGAGCUCUUUGUAACAGUAUCCAUGAAAUAAAAAUAAUUUAUUUUUACCAUAAA